GGAGUCAAGCGCGCCAGUCUAACGGGACCAGUGGAUACGUAAACAUCGGCGCGCGGUUGUUGCUGCUCUGAUUCAUGUGUUCGUAAUGGGUGCCCGACACCCCCACCUCUCGUUCUCAGAUGGUUUGAUCGAUGCGGCGUUGACAAUGCCAUGAAUACGAACAUGAGUAUGAAUGGGUAUAUGAAUAUGAACAUGAAUGCGAAAAUAUUGACCAGCCGUAAGAGCCAUCACAUUCGACGCCACUGAUGAUAACAAUAAAUAUGAAAAUUCCGAAAAAUGCAAAUUGCCAAAUCUGAGGACGCGCAAUAAAAUCGACCAUAAAGAACAUCAAAUCAACAGCAGACGCUAAACAGCGAUAACAUUGGCCAAUACCGAGUCUGAGCCGACGACAGCAACAGCAGCAAUAAUAACAACAAAAAACAGCAACAACAACAAUACAACAUAAACUCUGGCCGGUGGCAAUGGCCGAGCCGGAGCCCAAUCCUGCACAGCAUCUGCAACGGCAGCGCCAACCCCGACCACAGAUUCAACCUAGCAAAUGUCGGCACGUGCGCAGCCAGUGCUCCUGGGGCCAUAGCUGGAGCAGAGUCGCCUGGCUGCUAGCUGCUGUAUGCCUGCUGACGCGGCCCGUCAUGCCGGAAGUUAUUUAUCGAGUUGAUCCUUUGGCUCUCCUAGCGGCCACCUUGCGGACGUACCAGCGUGCCGGAUGCGAUUCAGAACAGCUGUCACUCAGCUGUCCACGUGGAACUAGCAUUUCCAUAGAGCUGGCCCAGUACGGACGAGCUGGCGAUUUAUCCGACCACAGCUUGUGUCCGCCGGUCUCGCAAGAGGACCUCACCACGACCGGAAGUGCCGGCGAUGCUGUCAUCCACAGCGGCACAGAAAUCGAAGUCAAACCGCCGGAAACGUGUACCGUAAGCGGAUUACAGUAUGCCCUGCUGCAGACUGUGGUGGAUGCCUGCCAAAAGAAGAGGCACUGCAAGUUCGCUGCGAAUUCCAAAACGCACACAAGCGGAGAUCCUUGCUCGGGCAUACGAAAAUUCGUCGAGAUUGCCUACAAAUGCCGUCCAUACGAGUUCCGGAGCAAGUUGGCCUGCGAGAACGACAACAUGCCACUGAUGUGCAAUCCGUACUCACGCAUCGCCAUCUACAGUGCUUCCUUUGGCCACACAGAACGGGAGAGUGUGCAGUGCGGUGGCCAGGGCGCUCCAGCUGGAAGUGUGAUGAUCAAUCGGGAGGAGAACGGACAGCCCACCUGCCUGGUGUCCUAUGCCACCGAAACCGUGAUGCAAAUAUGCCAUGGCCGGCGACGCUGCUCGGUGACCGCGGAUGCCGGCACCUUUGGUCGCCCCUGCAAGGCUGAUGUGCGAAUGUAUCUGAAGGUCGUUUACACAUGCAUACCACGCAAGGUGCUUAAAGAUCGCUAUGAAACGGCUGCGGAGUCAGAUGAGCCGCAGCAAACCGAUCUCGACUUGGACCAAGAUGAGCUAUACGACGAGGAUCAGUUUUAUAAGGAGUCCGAGGCCAUACCGCCGGCACCCAAGCUGCAAGGCGCCAACGUGGGUCGCUCCUUCGACUUUGGCGCCAACAACGCUGCCGAAGAAACUUCCAGCACGCUCCUGCCCCCACUUCUGUCACGCAACGAUGGCUCGUUAGAGGAGCGACUACAGUCAUCUGUGCGGCUCCUAAGCCGCAUAAAAGAGUCAUUCAACCAUCAAUUGCCGACUGAGAUGGCCGCAUCUACAACAUUGGCCAAUGAGCACAUUAUCACAACGACCGAUGGGGCUCCAAAUGAAGAUAAUGAGGAUAAGGCCAUUGAGUCGGCGACAGAGGGCUCUGACUCCGAUGCUGAGGCCAAUACAGUAUCGGGUUUUGAGAAGGGAAAUUUCUUCUAUCGUCGCAAGUGCCAGAUGGUUGAUGAUUGGGGGCCAAUAGGUCUGAACUGCACCGAGGAGGACAUCGUCACUGAACGUGUCGAAGUGGUUGGUUUCUUGGCAAAUUGGCUGCACACCUAUCUGCACAUCCGAAAGCACCAGGAACAGUUUUACCUCUAUUUAAUCAUAUCGGUGACAGCGGGUGUUCUGCUCUGUCUAACGCUUGUCAUCGGUCGGCUAACCCUCCAGCGACGUGGCGGCCGUUUGAAAAGGACCUCCAGUGUCAGCGGCGUGGCCAAAAACUUUGCUGAAACGCCAAUUGAUGGCACAGGUGGCAGCGGUGCCGGAGGUGGCAGCAAUUUCCAACAGAUGGCAACAGGUGAAACCCAUCUGGCCGACACUUUUGGCGACGACAUCUCCGACAUCGAUGUUGACGUGGACUUAACAGCUCCGGUGCCAUUGUCCAGUCUAUCAUCACGGAAUGAGACCUACAUGACAUACGCACCGACGCCCAACUGUAGCUACGGCGGCUUACCGGGCGCCCAAGCGCAUCAUCCUUCGUCCACAGCAACCAGUGUGCUGAUGGCACCACCUUCACAGCCCAACAUUUACACCAGCAUGGGCCAUCCAGCUGUGAGCGGAGCAAUGACUAUAGGUCCUCACAUGCUGGGUCCCUCGAGCUUGAGUGGCGUCUCACCAGCUUAUCUGAGCGGCACAAUCAUGGUGCCCGGACAUCAGCACACGCAUGCAGGCACCCUGCGGCGCACUUUGAUACCGACUAGCAUGGGCCUGAUGAGCUCGCCGUCACCACCGCCCGCAAUGAUGGGAACCGGCGGCGGCAUGUCCCUGCCGCCGCACUCGCUGGCCGCCACCAGCGGCAGUGGUGUCUACUAUGAUAGCACGGUGCCGCGCACUCUGGCACGAGGCAUCUCGACAGAGAGCAGCGGGCAGUAUUUCUUUGGAUGACACUCGCUGAACCGCAAGGCUUCACUGCCUAUCGCCAUUGCGGUACGGCCGCAGCCGCACUUGAAUUUCAACAUGCUGCCGAUGUCGGCCACCAUGGGUCUGGGCUCAACCAUAGUGGCUGAAUCGAAUGGUAGCCGUGCGGGCACACCCACCAAUAGCAACAAGUCGGACAUACCAGCGAUCACAGUGACUGCCUCGCCAGGACCGGCCUCCAUUCUAUUGGCCAACACUGGGCACACUUUGAAGCCGCCGAAUUCUGUCAGUGACACUCGCUCGACCACGCCCACCGUUAGCAGCGGUCUGCAAAUGUCUACAUCUGGUCGUAGCCAAUGUUUCUAGGAUCAGUUUCAGAUGCCAGCAAUAGUUUUCAACUAUCUCUCUGAAACUGAAGGAAACCAAGAGCCAGAGGACGAAGACCUCUUCUACUUGUAAAUAACGUAACACUCACUUGUCGCUCCGUUUAUCUAAUCAAGUUAGUAGAAUUUGAAAUUAAAACUUACGCACAUUUCUGCGGUUAAUCAUACAAUGGCAGUUUAGAGGCUAUUCUGUAAUCAUAACCAAAUCAAAUUACCUUCAAUGGAUUAAGAUAGGCAAGGGCUCUCGACACGUACUCGUGCAUACGAGAAAUUCCAAUUGUUUUAAUGCAUCUAGAGAAAUCAAAACAUUUAGUAUAAAUUUUAAUACCAAAAACAAAACGUAUUUUGAACUCCCUCAAAUACAUUGGUAUACUUAGUAUAAUACAGUUUAAAAUAUAUAUAUACAAUAUAUAUAUGGUACUCAUAUUUCAUGAAUUUCUAGUCUUAAGAGCAAGAAGUUUGCAUCAAGCAUGUAUAACGUGGACAUAAAAAUCCAUAGGGAGCAUAACUUAAGAGUUUUAUUUGCCUUAAAACCAACAAUGGUAAAUAAUAAAAAAUUAAUGAAAUUAUUAAAUGUUACAAAUUAGGAUACAUACAAAAUUCAAGAUACGAUUUGUGCAUUCUGAAUAGUUAAGCAGAGAUCCCUGACUAUAGUUAAUAAUCAAAAUUUCAGUGGAAUAGAAGUGAGUAUAAGAGCAAAAUACUUUACAUGAGAACCUGUAACGAAACAAGCACUAAAUUUUUUUAAAUUCCAAUCUUUUUGGUAUUUGGUUCAUUUUCCCGCUGAAAUACAAGCUCUACUGUUAAAAUGGCUAAAAUGAAAAUAAAAUAAACUGUGAGAUCUGUAAGAGCCGUAAGAAUUGUAUUUGGCAUAUUCAAUUUAGCGUCAGGUUUCAAAGACCCAGUGCUGACUUCUAGAUAAUUAGGUACUCAGAUAAAAGUACCCAGUAAAUACAUCAAUUAUUAAAUACCAAACACAUAUUGAAUGUGCUAUCACCUUUAAAUAUAAUCGUUCAUAGUUCAUAGAAAGAAAGUGAGCCAUACCACAGACAAGAAUAGUUGAAAACUUUAGAAAUUGUUAAGCACACGCAGAGAACCAGCUAAAUAAUCGCGAAUAGAUGCGUUUGUUUGCAUUAGCCAUGUAAAUGUUUCUUCCAGUCCAAAACCAAUUCGACUAACUGUUUAUUAAUACAUAUAUAUAUGUAUAUGCGAAAGCCAAAUACGAGUUUGCUGUUAUUGCAACGUUUUUCUAAGGCAAGCUCAGCUGGAGGCCGGAACACAUAUUGUUUAAUAAACUAAAUGGGAUUAUUGAAUUCAUACAGAAAAUCAAAUUUAAAGCAA